UAGAAAUUGUAGGGGAUAAAACUGUAGUCGCGGCAUUCCCCGUGGAAGGUAAGCGCAUAUAACAGACUAUACCUAUUCCGACGUCGUAAUUUUCACAUCAGUGUGCCUAUUUGAAUCGCUCCAAAGCGCGAGACUGCGAGAGUACCAGAGUGAAUCGAAGCAGAAGUUUAUAAAAAUAUUUCAAUCUCAUGCAUUUAUCUGGACAGACAGACCAAUAGACAUGUGAUUUUUGGAGCUUUGGAAACGUCUUUCAUGGAUUGCCAUCUUUCCUCUACGUCAACUCUUCCAUCGAUCUGGAUUGUCGAGACACUAGCAAGCUGUAAUCAAGUUGAUGAAUCUAUUUUAUAUGACUUGGUUAAGAAGACCCCGGAAAUAACUAGUGAUCUUGGGAAAAAUGCAAGAGAAUUUGUCUCCUUGAGAAUCAUAGAGAGAUUGUUUGUCAUUGGAGCUCAAAAUGCGAAUCCUGUAUCUUCGUCUUCAAGUUCUAAAAUUGGAUUUGACCCAUCAGAGAGUUGUGAAGCUGUCCUGGAAAGCAUAUCACGUGAGACAUCUGUACAAAAUCUGAUAGAGUAUGGACUGGACACAUUGAAAUGGGAUAUUCAGCCCUUCAUAGAGCACAAAAGGUCUAACUCGCCUAAAUGCACUUUACAGCAGCUGAAGGAUGCAAUUCUUACAGGAGGCCAUCCUCUUCUUUCAUCCUUAAAAGAACACAGUGGUUUGGCAGUUACAAAUCAGCCUGAACAUAGACUUUCAGUGGAUGAUGGUGAUACCAACCAUGUUGCAGCUACACUUAAAGAGAGCAACGCAAAUGCUCUAAAUGUUGCAGCAAAUGGUCACUUAAUUUCUCCCAUCCCUGCAAAUGGGGAUGUGCUCUUAAAGAGAAGUUUGACUGAUGAGAACUUAGUAGCUAAGCGGAAUAGGAGUGCCACUACAGAAUUUGUGGAAGGUCAGUCCCAUGAAAAUGAAAUCGCAUUGGGGAAUGGUGGUGAUACCCUUGCAAAAUCUGCCAAGAAGUUUAAGCAUGGCAUCAUCAAUUGUGAACGGGAUGGGCACAUGAAUUUUCUAUCUUCACAUGCAGGAAAAAAUAGUCCUCCUGAAAACUGCAGGAAUGAGCAUCCUUCAUUGAAGGGGCUUGUUGAACAUGAUGAAGCUCUGCCUUGUGAACCCCAGGUUCUUCAUAAGGGAACUGAAUUGCCAAAGGACAGAUCUGGAGAGGUACAAAGCCAAGAAAAUCAUCUUGAUGAAAUAAAAGCUUACAAAAAAGGUCUUUGCAAGCUCAGGACAGAUAUAGGCACUUGUGAGGGUGGAAUUCAGCCUGCGCUCUGUAAUGAUGAAUACCUGGAUGGAUAUGGGCAUAGUUCUCAACGAAAAGUCUCUAAUGUUAUUGAUGCUGAAGAUGAUAUUGACCAUAAUCAAGAUGCUGAUAUGGCUUUUGAUGACGAGGGGUAUAAUGAUGAGAAUGAUAUUGCCAUGAAGAAGAAUGCUUUCUUAAGCUCACAGUGCACAUACAGCCAAGAUUCCUUGGCAAUGACUGAUUUGAGAGAGAUAAAUCUGUGCACAACAUGCAAAAAGGGUGGAACUUUAUUGGUCUGUAGUUAUAACAGUUGCCCCUUGAUGGUUCAUGAGGGCUGCUUGGGUUCUGCCCCCAACUUUGAUGCAGGGGGCAAAUUUUACUGCCCUUUUUGUGCAUACUCUAGAGCGAUAUCGGAGUUCAAUAAAGUUAAGGACAAGGCCUCCAUGGCAAGAAAGGACCUGGCAACCUUUUUUAGAAUGGGAACUGUAAAAAGAACAAAGGAAGUAGCCGUUAGUUCACGUAGGGAAAAGAAAAGUCAAUCAGAACUGGAUGAACAUUUGCAUGAUAACAAUAAACUGACCAACAGAAAUAUUUCUAAACAGGACAACAACCCUCAGUGUCGGGAAAAUCUUAAAGAUGACUGUGUAGCAGAGCCUUCAGUAUCAUGUGAUGGUGACAAUCCCCUUCGUGGAGAUAAAUUAGCAGAUUCAGACAGUGAAAAAGAACUACCCAUUUUGGCAAAAGAAAAUGAAGAGGGGAAAAGGGUGGGACAAGAGUGCAAAUCUCCGGGAGAUCAUGGAAAACAACUAAUCGCUGCAGAGGCAGUUUGUAAAUCUGGAGAUGGUAUUCCCUCUGCCAGGUUCCCACAGAGAAGCAAUGGAAAUGAGCAUGCUGAAGUCAGAUCUAAGAAGAAAGUCUCAUGCCAACCAGGAACAGAUUUAGUUCAUCAAUUGACAUGCUCUUCAACUAGUAAUGGAGAACAAAUUUCUGAAGAAGAAAAUGAGAGUUCCGGUGCGUCCAAGUUCUUCAUAAGCAUCCGAAAGCAGGGAAGGCAACAUUCAUAUCCAGCUUUUCCUCUACUGAGGCGGAAGAAAAUCCCGUGGACAAGAGUAGAAGAGGAGACAUUGAAGGAGGGCGUACAGAAAUUUUAUACUGCUCAUGAUAGAAAUAUUCCAUGGAAGAAAAUUUUGGAAUUUGGAGCUGACGCUUUCCUAAAAGGUCGUACCACAAUAGACCUCAAAGAUAAAUGGAGAAACCUUUGCAAAGGAAGCCCAAAAUCAAAAUGACGUUUAGUGGACCGGUUUGUGCUUGUUUGAUAAUUUCCAUGCUGGAAAUAUGUUUGUGCAUGUACAGUGGUAAAGAAGAUACGUUUGUGCAAAAUAAGUUUAGUCGACCAGUUUGUACUUGUGAGGAUCGCGCUCUCCCCCCCUCCCUCCUUUCUGGAACUGCCAGACCUGACAACAAUGAAACAUGGGUUUUUAUCAUUGGAAUUUUUGCUAGUUUAAGGGUCAAAAGAACAGCUGUUUAUCUACCACAUCUUCCCCAGUGACAAUGAAAGUCCUUUUAUCACUGUUAGCUUUAUCCUUAAUAAAUCCCUCUAAAGAUGUGUUUAACUACCUUAACUAAAGUUAAUGUGACCAUCAAUUGUACCAUGAUCACUGUUUUCUGCACGUGUAGAGACGAGUGGAGGUUUGAUGACACUGAUUAGAGGUGAUCCGAGUUCAAAAUUAGAUUUCUAGAUCUAUUGCAGCCAUGGUGGUAAUUCUUUUGCCAGCUUAUAUCUAGAGCUUUGGCAUUAUUGAUUUCUAUGUUCUAUUGUAUGAUCUCUGCAUUACUUGUUUAUAGCUAAAUCACUCUAAUAUUAUGUUUCUUCUUCCUCUUGAAGUUUGAUCCUUAUCUUAAAUCAUGUCGGACUCGAAACAGAUAAUGGUAAAGACGUUUAUAUGCAUUCUCAUCAUUGGGAGGUGGCUUUUUCGGAUGAGCCCGGAAACUAAAAGGUCCCGGUCGCUUGUGGCAUUCGAGUUGAGAUGGCUGGUGAGAAGUUUUUCUUUUUCCCCACUUACAAAGCUGAGUUUAAUUGUUACUAGUAUCACAUGGGAAUGGAAUUCCCCUGAUUUAUUGUAUGAUCUAGGCCUGUACACAAGCAGACUUUG